CUCACUUCAGAUGAGUGACAACAAGUGUGAAAGUGGGAGUAACUGACAGCAGCCUGACAGGCAACGAGACACGAGCGCGAAUCUAAAUCAGACUUUAGACUUCACAGAGCAGCAGCUGCAGAGUCACUGUGCUACACAGACAACUGUCACACCUGAAAAAAAGGGGGGAAAAAACACGUUUAUCUCCUUCUCUCCCACCACGUGGACAAGUCACCAGAGUUCAUGUGUGACAUAUACAACCUGGACACCCACUGCGCGUCUCCACAAUGCAACAUGAGUUGGGCGAUGGAGCCUGCUAACUUCUACGAGUGCACCAAGCUGAGCAGCGGUCCGCAGCACGGCGGGCUCUGCAAGCCGGGCAGCAGGAACGUCGGAGGGGCUGAGGAGAGCCAGACCAUGGUGGAGCUGAACACCGCCCCGGCCAUGUACGACGACGAGACCGCCAUCGACUUCAGUCAGUACAUCGAGUCGAUGACAGCCGUGCCCAACCUGGAGCUGUGCAACGACGAGCUCUUCCUCGACCUGUUCAACAGCGUGAAGCAGGAGAAGACGGAUUACUACAGCAUGCAGAGCUCGUCCGUGCUGCCCGGCAACAUGCAGCAGCUGACAGCCGCGUACGCAGCGGACAGGAGAGCUGACAGCGAGCUGGACAAGGGCGCCUUCUGCGCGCCCAUCAAGCAGGAGCCCGACUGGAGCGACAGUGACAUGUCCUCGUCCUUGCCUUCCCAGAUCGAGACCUGCGCGCAGACGUCUGUCAGCCUCCCCAUGGGACAACCCACUCCCCCGACAACCCCGGAGCCUGGCUCCCAGGUCAGCUCGGCCAAAUCCUCCCCGCGGAAGAUGAGCAGCGGCGGCAGGGAGAAAGGCAAGAAGUCGCUGGACAGGUAUAGCAUGGAGUACCGACAGAGGCGAGAGAGGAAUAACAUUGCAGUGAGGAAAAGCAGGGACAAAGCCAAGAGGCGCAACGUGGAGAUGCAGCAGAAGCUGAUGGAACUGAGCUCCGACAACGACAAGCUCCACAAAACCAUCGAGCAGCUCACCAGAGAACUCACCGGCCUUAGAGAUUUCUUUAAGCAGAUGCCCAACUCCUCAUUCGCGGCUCUGUCCUCGAGUGUGGCGAUCCGGUGACAAACAUAUGAACUAACUUCUGUGAACUAAUUGCGCUUUUUUUUAGGAGACAUACCUCAACUUUACCAUCUGUACCAGAUGUAUUUUAAGCUUUCCAUAAUGGCACUGGAAAAUAUAUGAUGUUGCUGCCAUAUUUUUUGUGGGAUUUUCUCUGUAUUAAAUUAUUUUACCACUGCAUUUAUAUGAUACAAUGAUGAUAUACGUGAUAUGGUACUUUUUAUAUAAUUCCAAACUUUGUAUAAGAGCCAGAGCAUGAUCUUUUAUAUAGUUUGUAUGAAACCCGUGAAAAAAAACAUUUUAUUGUUAAUGGAAUCUGCAAUAAAAUCAUUGAAAAGAAGCAGAAA